AUUUUUUUCUUACUAAAACCCCAGUGAUGGACCCCCUGGACAGAGCUCAAGUUCUCCUCCUCUGUGACAUGUGUCAAAAAGCUGCAUUACAGAGUCAUUGUGAACUUUGUCAGAUAAACCUGUGUAAGGCCUGUGUAGGGGAGCAUCUCUCUGAUUCAUCCAAAAGACACAAUGUUGUACCAUACAAACACAGAACUUCUACUCCUAACUACCCAAAAUGUCCAAACCACACCCAGAAACACUGUGAACUUUACUGUGAAAAAUGUGACAUUCCUGUCUGUUCUACCUGUAUCUCCUCUGGUAAACAUAAAGGACACGAUUUAUCAGAUGCUCUUCAUAACCUCAGCUCUGAAAAAAACCAUUUAAGACAGGAUUUAAAAGAACUAGAAAAAAACAUAUUCCCCACUUAUAAAAAAAUUGCAUCUAAUAUCAAGACUGAAAAGGCUGACCUGGAAAAACAUUGUGAGAAACUGACAACAGCUGUUUCCAAACAAGGUGAAGUAUGGCAUAGUGAAAUAGACAUUAUUGUCAAAAAAAGAAAAUGUGAUAUUGCUCAGAUAAAAACUAGGGUCCUGAGGGCUCUAAAAGAGAAGGAAAAUGAAAUAAAUCAAAUGAUUUCUGAGCUAGAAGAGAACAUUACUUACCUAAAGGAAUUACUGGACUCCGAUGACGAAUCUCUCCUAUUUACAUACAUAUCCAGGAAUGCUGCAUUUAGAAGAUUACCUCCUAAAAUCAAUGUAUCACUUCCAAGAUUUUCUCCUCCUCAGAUCAACACAGAACAGCUCCAUCAAAUGUUUGGUUCUUUAUCAGCAUUAUUCAUUACAACAGAGGAACAUGGCUACACAAUGAAGACACAAGAAGCUGAAUACUGUUCUCCAGUUAAACCACUGCUUGAUGAACCAGAGCUCAUCACCACCAUAGACACUGGGUAUAAAACACUACACAGUGUCACCUGCAUCGAUGAUGAAGAAAUCUGGACCAGUGGACAAGACAAAAUCAUGAAACUCUACAACCUCCAGGGCAAACUACUGAAGUCAAUCAAAACCAAGUCUCGGUCAAUUGACAUGGCAGUGACAAGGAGUGGAGAUCUAGUUUAUACUGACCCCGAUAAAAGAACUGUAAACAUAGUGACGAAUGAAAAGAUACAGGAAGUUAUCAAACUGCAGGGAUGGACACCUUACUAUGUCUGUAGUACCUCCUCUGGUGACCUUCUGGUUACAAUGGACAGUUAUGAAAACAAACAAUCGAAAGUUGUCCGUUUUUCUGACUCCACAGAGAAGCAAACCAUUCAGUUUGAUAAUAUAGGCAGACCUCUGUAUUCAUCUGGUUUCUUUAUCAAAUACAUAAGUGAGAACAGAAACCUGGAUAUCUGUGUGGCUGACUAUGAUGCCAGAGCAGUAGUUGUGGUUGACCAGGCAGGAGAAUUCCGAUUUAGAUACACUGGUCAUCCUUUUGCUACCAAGAGAUCAUUUCAUCCAGUCGGCAUCACAACAGUCAGCAAGAGUCAUAUCUUGACAGCAGACUAUAACAACCACUGUAUCCACAUCCUAGAUCAGGAUGGACAGUUCCUUCGAUACAUAGAUAAUUGUGACCUCCUGCUUCCAUGGGGUUUAUGUGAAGACGCCAGAGAUAAUCUCUUUGUGGCUGAAUGUAACAGUGGUAAAGUGAAGAAAAUCAAAUAUAUGUUGCACGAUUUUGGUGAGGCGAGUUUUAGCGAGUUUCUGUCUAUGAUGAGAUCUGUAUCCUGUCCUCCAGUCAAACCACUGCUUAAUGAACCAGAGCUCAUCACCAACAUAGACACUGGCUAUCGACUUCUAUACAGUGUUACUUGUCUAAGUAAUGAAGACAUCUGGACAUGUGGAAAUGUCAAAAUCAUGAAAAUGUAUAAUCUCCAAGGCAAACUACUGAAGUCAAUCCAAACCAAGUCAGUUCAUAAAAAAGUAUAUUUGGCUGUCUUUAAAUCAUGUUUGGUUAAACUCUCUCGACUCAGGUUUACCCACGAAAUGGACCCACGAGCCAGUGCUCAAGACUUACUCGUCUGUGACCUGUGUCAAACAGCAGCAUUACAGAGUCAUUGUGAACUUUGUCAGAUUAACCUGUGUAAGGCCUGUGUAGGGGAUCAUCUCUCUGAUUCAUCCGUAAGACACAUUGUUGUACCCUACAAACACCGGAAGACUACUCCUUCUGUUAACUACCCAAAUUGUCCAAACCACACCCAGAAACAUUGUGAACUUUACUGUGAGAAAUGUGACAUUCCUGCCUGUUCUAUCUGCAUCUCUAGUAAACACGAUGGACAUUAUAUAUCAGAUGUUCUGAAGAAACUCAACUCCAAAACAGAAAGUUUAAAAAGAGAUUUUAAAGAGCUUGAGCAAAGAAUAUAUCCUACUUAUAAAGAAAUUGAGUCGGAUUUACAGUCUGAAAAAUUAAACUUGGAAGCGCGAUAUGAAACAUUGAUUACAGCAGUUACCGAACACGGAGAAUUCUUGCAUCGUGAAAUAAACAGUAUCGUCAACAAACAGAAAUCUGAAAUUAAUCAGAUGAAAACCAAACAUUUGACUAUUUUGAAUAAACAGGGAAAUGAAAUGAAAAAGAUUACUUCUGAAGUAGAAGAUACAAUGCUUGGUUUGAAGAAAAUACUUGACUCCAAUGAUGUCUUAGCCUCUGCUUAUAUCUCAAGAAAUGCUGAAUUCAUCAAUUUACCUCAUAAAGUCAUUUCUUUGCCAAUUUUCUCCCCUCAUCACGGAAACAAGGACCAGCUCAAUCAAAUGUUUGGUUCUCUGUCAGCAUUGUCCAUUACAACAGACAAACAUGGCUACACAAUGAAGACACCAGAAGCUGCAUCUUGUCCUCCAAUCCAACCGCUGAUUGAUGAACCUGAGCUCAUCAUCACCAUUGACACUGGGUAUGAUCCACUUUACAGUGUUACCCGCCUCAGUGAUGAAGAAAUCUGGACAUGUGGAGAUGACAAAUUCAUGAAACUCUACAACCUCCAGGGCCAACUACUGAAGACAAUCCAAACCAAAUCAGGGAACAUACCAUGUGACAUAGCAGUGACAAGGAGUGGAGAUCUAGUUUAUACUGACCAUGAUACAAGAACUGUAAACAUAGUAAAGAAUAAACAGAUACAGGAAGUGAUAAGACUACAGGGGUGGAAACCUUACUAUAUUUGCAGUUCCUCCUUUGGUGACCUCUUAGUUACUAUGAUCAGUGACGAUGACACACAAUCAAAAGUUGUCCGUUACUCUGGAUCUACUGAAAAACAAACCUUUCAGUUUGAUAGUGAAGGUGACCCCUUGUAUUCCCCUGAUUGCUUUAAAUACAUCACUGAAAACAGAAACAUGGAUAUCUGUGUUGCUGACUGCAAAGCCAGUGCAGUAAUAGUAGUCAAUCAGGAAGGUGUACUCAGAUUUAAAUAAACGGGUCAUACCUCUAUUUCCAAGAAAUCCUUUGAUCCACUUGGCAUCACAACAGACAGUCGGAGUCAGAUCCUGACUGCAGAUCAUUAUAAUGACUGUCUCCACAUCCUAAACCAGGACGGACAAUUUCUACGUUUUAUUCGUAGCUGUGAUGUAGGUGAUUUAUGUGGUCUGUGCAUGGACACCGCAGAUAACCUCAUUGUAACUGAAGUUGACAGUGGUAAAGUAAAGAAAAUCAAAUAUAUGUAAACAGGAUUUUAUCAAACUGACGAUUAUUUGCGAGAAAUUUGAUACCAACUAACAAUGUACAUAUAUUGGGAUUUACCACAAUUCUUGUUAAAACUUUCGCUAUGUUUGUAAAUAUAACAUAUUUUUAUACAAUGAAUUAGGGUUAAAUCUUGGAUAGUUCCGUCCCCUUGUGCAUUCUGAAUUUACAGACACUCUGUUGUUUUGUUUUUCUGUAGAAGAAAACUAUUAAAAAAGCAAGGAUGUCUUACAAUCUUUUAAUAAAUAGAGAUUAUUAUUGUCAAUUAAUAUUUUGAGAGACUGCAUAUUUACACAAAUGUAAUUUAGAAUAAAUUUUAAAAAAAUAAG